CCCAUUGUAACAUGGUGACUUUGAUUUUGAUUGAGCAAAAAGUACUCCGUAAGGUUAGCACAAAUUCAAAUUAUUUUACUUGUUGAUUUUAGAGAGAUUGAAGAUGACUUCAAUUUCUUCGUCGAGACCUCUGCAAAUUCAAUUCCUCAGCAGAAUCGGUCUUUCUCCCCGUUCACUUCAACCGUCUUCAUAUCUUGCCAUUCACCGUUGGAACAACUCUCAGUUCCGUCGGUGCACGAUUGUAGUGAAGACCAGCUCUGUAGAUGGAUGGGCUGGGAAUGACCGGGGCCUUCACAAACUGGAGCUUCUUAGGAAACCGGUGACUGCGCCGUCCGUGGAGUAUUCCGGUGGGGGAGAGUCAACAGGAAAGCCCCAUUACGAUGAGAGUGAGAAGAUUGACAAAGAGGAUCGGUUUGAUUGGGAGCACAAAAUUUUGGGGGAAACCUACCCGCUUGUAGGGCUUGCCAGAGUGAUUCUUCAUUCUGGAAGGUAAAGUGCGGAUUUGUUUCAUUUUACAAGUAUUUUAGUCUAAAUUUUUUUUGGCAUUACAUGAAACCUCAGCACAUGGUCGAUUCUUCUAUUCGAAUAUGAGUUAUUCCUUAAUGCCAUUAUCUAACAGCCAAUUGCAUUGCUUAAAUGUAUUUGAUUUGUUAUUUGUUACGGAGUAAGUAAUAGCUUAGGUUGAAGACAUUAAAAUAUGAAACUGGCCAGCCAGAUAAGUAAAAGACCUUUGUUAUU